AUGGGUAACGAACGAACGAAACCUAGUCAUUCGUGCAUUUUCAUACUCGGCGGCAAGGAGGUUAUAAAAGAUAGGGAACCUCCGGAAGAUUCAAUGCCAUCCCUUGACCAGCUAGCCAUGCGGUCCACUCACCUCAAGUUCUACGUUGCUGCUGCCCUCGUAGCUGCCCCUGUAACCCUUGCACAAGGGUUCGUUUACACCUGCGACGGAUCAGCUGUCCGCGUUGUUGGGACAGUCCUCUCCACGACUUGCACUAACGAAAAGGGCAAGAAGCAUUCCACCUCCAUCAACUUGAACGACUGCGUUGCCAACUACGAUGGCAACCUAGCAUGUGCUGUCAAGUAA